GCUGCCCGUCCGCGAUGAGGAGCUGCCUGGUGCUGGCCGUGCUGCUCUCCCUGGCGCUGCAGCUGCUCCACGGCCCCGGCGCCGCGGCUGCCCCGUGGCCCGGCCACGGGCUCCCCGCCAAGAGGGGCUCUGGCCCCGACCCGCCGCCCGCGGCUCUGCUCCGAAGAGCCCCCGGCAGCCCCGGGGCCGCCUACGCCGCCCUGCUCCAGCGCCUGCGAGCGGCCGAGGCCGGUGCUGCAGCGCCCGCGGCUCCGCGGAAGCGGGACAUGCACGACUUCUUCGUGGGGCUCAUGGGGAGGCGGACGGCGGAGCCCGGGACCCCCGCGGAGGGGCACCGGGCCGCCCCCGGGGACGCCGAGCCGCCGCUCCGCGCGCGCUGAGGCGCGGCCCGACGGGACGGGACGGGACGGGACGGCACGGGACGGGCCCCCCCGCCGCCAGGACCGCUCGCCGCCCCCCCCGGCCCGGCCCGGCCCGCGGCGGAGACCUGCUGAGCGCCGGGGGCGGCCGCGGCGCCGGGAACCGCGGAGCCGCUGCAGGGGCGUCGUGGGAGCCGCCGCCGGGGCCGGGGCCGGGCCGCCCCCCCGGGCCGCGCUGUGCACACAAAUACACGGUUACACACGG